GUACGACUUGCUGUUCAAUACGAGUCAAUGCCAUGUGGAAAGGAAUCAGUAAAACCUGUCCCAUCGGUAACAUUGUUACUGCCAGUCGCGGACAUUAACAACACAUCUGGAUCAUCAUCUGUCUGUCCGAAUGACAUAGAUAUCAGUGAAUCACUGUUGUCUAAUGGUUUAGUGUUUGUUGAACCAAUUCAACCUCAAUUUGUAAAACGGCUACCACGUAAUCUACUGCAAAAGUAUCUGGAUGCACAAUCAUUAGCCAAAAAAGAGCGUAAGAACAUUUGGCGUUAUGGUGAUUUCCGUGCAGAUGUGGACCAGUUGUGA